UAAUGUUACCCAGAGUAAUGCACAGAGAUGGAGGGAAAUAGACAUCACCAUCUUGUAGAGCAUAAGAAAUAGCAUAGACAAUACAGGUAUAGCUGCUACAGUCUCCUGUUUACCUUGAAAUUAUGAAAAUAUCCACUGCAUAUCACCCUCACAACAGCCAGAUUUCUUAAUGUCACAUUUUCUAUAAUUCCUCCUUACCGCAACUCAUCUGUACCCUUCACACUCAAGGCAGGAAGUUCUGUAGUAAGAUGAAGUCAGUGCAUUUAUUUCUGCUGUUAUCAGUGGCAAUUAUUGCUCUCUUAGUGUUUGAUAUAGCAUUGGCUGCAACAGAUGAAAGAAAAUCAACUAGUUUUGGUGGAUGUCAAGGAGGAUGAGGAAGAGUCUACUGUGGUUGAUGAUGAAACUUCAAUUCCCAAUCCAGUGGAUCCAGAUAAGAUUUUUAUUCCAACUAAAGAAUGGCAAACAGUUCAAGAAGAUCAAGUACUGCUUCCUGGACUUCAUGUUCGUUUUAAUCUCCAAAUGGGAUUAAAGGAAGCUAAACUCUUAGAUGGAGACGAUGGUACAAAUUAUCUGGAAGCUGUGGAGCGAGUAAGAAAGGCAGGGCAUACUGGCUUCACUCACACUAUAAUAGCCUCCCAGCCACCAGAUUCACAGGGGAAAAAAGAGGCAAAAGAGGAAGACCAAGUUGCUGCAGAGAUGAGAAAGGAGAUACUAGAAGCUCUGAAGAACAUCAAAAAUGAAGAUGGGAAAACUCCAGAGGUUGAUAAAGUGAUAGCAGCAAUGGGCAGUAUGGUAAAAGUGUGCCGAUACCAGUUCCACGAAGCCCUUCCUCUGUUGAGAAGCUUAGCCAACACAUAUGAUGACUUGGCUUACAAGGAGCAGUUUCAGGAUGAUGAUGAUGAUGAUGGAGGCUAUGCCUUGUUUAAGAGUCUUGCUGAUAUGAUAUCCAGACUAGUCCAAGAUAUCAGAGGAAAGAAUGAACUGUAAGAUCUUUUUGUAUCAUUAUUAUUAGUUGUACAUUAUUUAUUAUAUAAGCAGAAAUAACAGAAAAAUUUAAUGAUUUUCUAUGAAUAUCACAAGGCACUAGAAUUUCAUCUGGAAAGAUACAUGCACAUGUAUAAUAUAUACAUGCACUCACAUGCAUAAAUACACCCAUGCACACAGACAUUGGUUUUCUCAUUAUAUUUCAUGUUUCAUUUAAGGUAUUAUAUACAGUCAUAUGAUGUUUGUUUUGUGCUAUGUUGAAAUAAUAAAAAAAAGAAAUUCAA